AGCUCAGGUUGUUGUGCUAAUGCGACUCCCGGCGUAAAAUUCGAACUAAACUACCAUACACUUUUUGUACAAUCCGAGAAGAAAGCCGUUUACUCGCGAUACUUGUCUACAGCGACGACGGCUCGGUCGGUGAUACGAAGGGGGGGCCAGCUAACUAAAAAAAAAACAGAAAAUGAGUACUUCUACAAUAUUCUCGCCCAGCGAGACAAGUUCAUCUUCGGCAAGCUAAAAAGUAACAAAGAGACAGUUAUGAAAGCGAUGAAUACGGCCGACUGUCUGUAUGAGUUUUUCUCCGACACAACGAACACGAAGAUAGAGGAUCUCAAUCCAAAACUCAUCGAUGAUCUCGCGCUUACGAUUCCACACCUGGAUUUGCAUUGCAUUUACGAGGUGUUGCUCCACAUGUCACGAUAUGAAGUGCCUAGGGGCACAAGGAGUGAGCAGCAAAUGAAACUAGGGAACGCUGUGGAUCAAUACUGUCAAUUGACUUUGCCGAAUAAUUCAUUCCGCGACCAAAUAGUAGUGUUGGAUCUCUAUUACAGAUGUGGGAUCUUCAAAAGUAACCUUUUUAAAAGCAUACUCAUCGCACAGUCACACCAUAUCGCUGAAUGGAGUCCCGAAGAGGUGGUACAGUAUUUGUUUUUGUCUAAUUUGAUUCGAGAGAUACCUGUUCGAACCGUCGAAUGCGUCGAAAGCGUAUUGUCCGACAUACUCGCGUCAUUAGACAUCGCAGAAGCUGCCAUUGUGAGUUACUCGCUUUACAAAUGUAAGGUUAACAUCGUGAGCGUUAGUUUGUGGGAAAGAUUUAUGAGUCUUGUCGAGAACAGUAUUAGGUCCGACGAGCCCGUGGAGGAGAGAUAUAUAUCCGCUUUUGCAAAAUUGCUUCGUGGCUAUGGACAAGUGCCAAUAACCGGAAGAGUGGGUAUUGUUAAAAGGUUCUUGGAUAUUUUGUCUAACGUGGACAGUCAGAGCUGGUCUCUUGAAUCUCAGGUGCGCGUAGCCAGCGUUGGAACACAGGUAAAACUAUGCAAUGCAAAGGUUGUCUACAAUGCUUUCUUAACCCUCAUGGCCGAGCUGGACACAUGCAGACCCAAAUAUAUCAGCACUAUGCUAUUUACCUACGCCUAUUUUAAUUUACAUAUUACUGCGGAUCAAGGAAAAAGGUUAAUUGAACGCGUCUUGAAUCCAAUCGACGACUACCGGCGAUAUUAUUUCCUCGUGCUAUGCACGUGGUCACUGACUAUGAUGGGGUUUUACGAUAAGAGACUCUACAUGAAUUCUUUCGAUCCACACAAGUUGCGUUCAGAAGAUCUUCGCGGACUAGAUUAUUGCCUGGCAGUCAUAUGGGAUUCUUAUCGAAUUGAAGCCCCGUCAAUACAUAAGUUGGUAAACGUGGAACCUACGUUGAUAGACAAAUAUCGCAUGAAAACAAAGCAGGACCAUCUGAGAGUGACUUCGAGGUUACAGGAACGUCUAGCCAAGGAAAUUUAUGCUAUAGUUACCGAACAACUUGAACAUGAAGCUAAAAUAGGAUGCUUUAUGCCAAUGUACGUUGAACAGGACGUCAAGGUGGGAGACAAGAUCAUUUUAGUGUGUCACGGGCUCACAAGUUAUUACAACGAUCAGUAUCUUUCUGGGGGCCCAGCUCAUCGGGUGCGUCUGCUUCGAGCCAGUGGCUAUAAUGUCGUUGAAAUCCCGUAUAAAUUUCAUACUUCCGGUUUGCAACUUAACCAAAAAACGUCACUUAUCAAACAAUAUCUGCGACCUUUAUUAAGUUUAAACAAGUCAAAUCGCUUCACAAAGCAGCGAACGAUUAGGCCUGGCAUCACUGGCGAAGAUCUUAUGUAAAAAAUGCCGUUGCGGACCUGUGUGUCACGCAACAUAGAACAAACAUGAAAUCACAGAAAGUUAUAGAUAUAGCCAUGUGUUCGGCGAUGCAACGUGUACACGCUAAGCGCAGUAUGGGUGGUUUAAAAGGAGUUAUGCUUUCUAAUGUCUUCAGUGUUAUUGAGACAAGGAAUGACUAUGUUAAACCCUUUACAUGUAGGUGGCAGGUGAAGAGAUGGCGCUUUUUUUGCCAGGCACUAUCGCUGAUCAAAGAAAGUUUAUUGAAUGACACUGCGUAUACCGUACUGUAAAUAAAAAAAAAAU